GAGCCCGGAGCUACUCCUGAGCCCUACCUGAGGCUGGUCAUGGAGAAGCUACACAGGAUUGUGGCAGCACAGCUGGAAAGUAUGGUAUCAAAUUCUAAUGGUUUUCCAUGGGAAUUAGUGAUAUGGGCAGGUGUUAUUGGAUUUUUUGCUAUUCCCCUUUUCUUGUGGAGAAGUUUUAGAUCAGUCAGGAGUCGGCUAUAUGAGGGAAGAGAGAAAAAGCUUGCUGUAGAGCUUUGUGAGCAAAUGAAAGAAAAAUGUAAACUACUUGAAAAAUUUAGUUUUCUACAAAAAAGCUGUGAAGGCUAUGAAAGAGAGUCAUCUUUACAGGACGUCAGCUUUGAGAAGCAGGCAGCAGAAGCACACAGUUUGGAGGCAGCCUGUGAAAACCUGAACAGGUGCAUUUCUGAAAUGGAGGACGAAAUACCGUAUCUAAAAAAAGAGUUAAAAGAAGAGAAAUACAAACAUUCUAGACAACAUCAGUUGGUGGCAGAUAUUUCAGAAAUAAGACAGUCUCUAGAAGAUCUGUCAAAAUCCCUUAAAUUUCAACUAGCUGAAGCCAAAAUGCCCUUGAACAUAUUUCAAAUGAAUGGGGAACAACUGAAGAUAGUGAUAAAAGAUGCUUUGAAUGAAAAUUCUCGACUUCAGGAAAGCCAGGAACAUCUUUUGCAAGAAGCUGAAGUGUGGAAAGAACAAGUGAGUGAACUUAAUAAACAGAAAAUAAUAUCUGAAGACUCCGAAGUACACACAGAACAAGUUCUAAAUGACAAAGACCAUCACAUCAAGACGCUGACUAAACACUUGCUGAAUAUGAAAGAUUGGGCUGCUGUGCUUGGAGAUGACAUGAUGGAUGAUCAUAACUCGAAAGUAGAGAUGAAGAGUGAAUCAGAAAGUGGCGCUUCCUUAGCUGAUCCUCCAAAAGGAGCUUUGAAGAAACUGAUGCAUGCUGCUAAGUUAAAUGCUUCUUUAAAAAGUGUAGAAGGUGAAAGAAACCAAAUUUAUAUUCAGUUGCCUGAAACUGAUAAAACAGAGAAGCAGCUUAUGGGGCAUAUUAAACAUCUUCAGCCUGAACAAGCGUCUUUGCAGUCUGGAAACACAGAUUUUGAAAGUGAGAAUCAGAAACUUCAACAGAAACUUGAAGUAAUGACUGAAUUACAUGAAGAAAUGACAAUAAGACUUUACAAAACAUUCACUGUAGAGGAAAAUGACCAGUUAGAGAGACAAGGAAAACUUUCUAAACAAGAUGAAUAUAUCAGCUAUACCACUGACCAGCUGGACAAGUAUAGAAAGCAAGCCCAACAUCUUGAAGAAGAGUUGGAAAGAAUGAUUCUUUCUUAUCAAGAGCAGGUUUUACUCCUUAAGAAAAAAGCACAUGACAACUGGUUGGCAGCUCAGACUGCUGAAAUAAACCUCAAUGGAUUAAGGAAAGAAAAUGCUAAGUACAGACAAAAAUUAGCUGACACAGAGAUGAAAUUCAAUUUUUUACAGAAAUAUCCUUCCGCAGUUGAUGUUCCAAACACAGGAUUUGGCAGAGAGAGCCCUGUUUGGAGUUUCUCCACGUGA